AUGAUAUGGUCGGCCACGUUCAUUCUGGCAUUCAUCCGACUUUGGCACAAAAGUCAUCGUGAUUUGACAGAGGAACGAAACAAAUGGGAAGAACAACAACGUGUUCCGUCGAAUCGUGUUCGGGAGAGACGAAUCAUCAGAAGACGUCGAAGGAGAAGAAGAAGAACGUCUUCAACGACAGAGUCAUCAACGGCUGUAACCCCUUCUGAUAGUAGAGAAAGUACCGGAAGUGAUGGAGAUAUUUCACGUGAUGUGUUGCAUCCGGAAACUCAGAAAUUGCUUAAAAACGCUUGA